UUAAUAUCAGAAAAGUAAUGUGGAUGCGUGGGGUGUGUAGUGGUGCGCUGGGCCGGUGGUGGAAGUUGUGGUGUUGGCGCUGCAUGUCGGUCUUUCCCGCCCCAGCUGUGAGAGAAGCAGGACUGUUGCUCUGAAGAGGACCUGUAGAUAUGGCGACGACGUGUGCCAGGCCCCUGGUUGGGGUCCACGUGGACGGGGCAGUGUCUGGGGUGAGCGUGUCGCUGCCUGCAGUCUUCCGUGCGCCCAUCAGGCCCGAUGUGGUGAACUUCGUGCAUGACCAGAUGGCCAAGAACAGGCGCCAGCCUUACGCUGUCAAUAAGGAUGCCGGUCACCAGACUUCUGCCGAGUCUUGGGGAACUGGACGUGCUGUGGCUCGUAUCCCCAGGGUGCGUGGUGGUGGCACUCACCGCUCUGGCCAGGGUGCCUUUGGCAACAUGUGCCGUGGUGGUCGCAUGUUUGCUCCCACCAAGACUUGGCGUAGGUGGCACCGCAAGAUUGGGGUGAACCAGAAGCGUUAUGCCAUGGUUUCUGCCAUUGCUGCCACCUCUAGCCCUGCCCUUGUCAUGUCCAAGGGACACAUGAUUCAGGAGGUGCCUGAGGUGCCCCUGGUUGUGUCUGACAAGGUCCAGGAGCUCAGCAAGACCAAGGAGGCAGUGCUGAUGCUGAAGAAGCACCGUGCCUGGACUGAUGUGUUGAAGGUUUACAAGAGCAAGAGGUUCCGGCCUGGCAAAGGAAAGAUGCGUAACCGCCGCCGCAUCCAGCGCAGAGGACCCCUUAUCAUCUAUAACAAGGACCAGGGUCUCACUCGGGCCUUCCGCAACAUUCCUGGUGUGGAUACCAUCUGUGUGGAGAAGCUCAACCUGUUGAAACUGGCACCUGGUGGACAUGUUGGUCGGUUCUGCAUCUGGACAGAGUCUGCUUUCCGCAAGUUGGACUCUCUUUACGGCACCUGGCGUAAGGAGUCCCGCAGGAAGAAGAACUACAAUCUUCCAAUGCCAAAGAUGACAAACACAGACUUGGCUCGUAUUUUGAAGUCUGAGGAAAUUCAGGCUGUAUUGAGGAAUCCCAAAAAAACGGUGGUGCGGCGCCAGGUGAAGAACAACCCACUUAGGAACCGCCAUGCUCUGCUACAGCUGAACCCAUAUGCUAAAGUGGAGAAGAAGAGGGCUACUGCUUCACAAAACAAACAUAUUAAAGCCAAGGCAAAGCUGCUGGCCAAACAAGCUGAGGCAAAGAAGUAAAUCUUCGUUGUUAAGCUCCAGCAGCAAUUUAAUAAAACGAAAAAAUUA